UCUACCCUCCUAUCACAUUAAUGAUGAUAACUUACAAAUAGACUGACUAUGUUUAGGGGUCGACCCAACGACAAGUAUGGUAUGGUUAGACCACCCGUUCCUGAUCCGGAUGAAGUGCUUAAGGAAAUCAAACCCCAAUACUAUGACCAGAAACUCAACCAUUUUGACGAUCACGAUAACCGUACUUUCAAACAGCUGUAUUACACCGAAGAUUCGCACUACAAAACUGGUGGACCGGUAUUUGUGAUGAUAGGGGGUGAGGGAACCGCCCCUCUCGAGUUCAUGACCAGUAGCGCUAGUUUUAUAGUGAAAAGUGCCAAACAAUUCAACGCGUUUAUGGCAACAUUAGAGCACCGGUACUACGGAGAGUCCCAACCUUUCAACGACACAACCGUUGAACACCUGAAAUACCUGUCCAGUGAACAGGCGUUGGCCGACACGGCGGACUUCAUACAGUAUUUGACCAAAAAGUUGUCACUUUCAGGCAAAGUGGUUGUGUUUGGGGGCUCUUAUGCCGGAUCAUUGGCCGCCUGGUUCAGGGAGAAGUACCCCAACAUAGCUGUCGGUGCCAUAGCGUCCAGCGCUCCCGUGUUGGCUGAA